CUGCUUUCUGUGCCAUUCAUUUGAAGCGCAACAGCUUAUAACGAGCACUGACACAGAGGUAAGAUAAGAGCUGUGGAAGACGGUCAGUCAUUCUGAGAGGAGAGCAGAAGUAACCGUACAAGCUAAGUGAAACCACCUGGUGAACCAUACAAACCCAGAACAUACUCAGAGGGGGCAACUGGAGGCUUUUUGACGCAAGACGCGCAAGGACAGAAGCGCAACCACCGCACUUGGACCUGACAGUUCAUCUAUAUUAACCCGCAAAAUACCUGCAGCCUAACAUGGAGCGCGAAAUCCCUAAUUUCAACGGCACCUGGAAGAUGAAGAGUUCAGAAAACUUUGAAGAACUGUUGAAGAAGCUCAAUGUCAACAUGAUGCUGCGUAUGAUCGCGGUGAAGGCAGCAGCCGAACCUCUGGUGGAGAUUAAACAGGACGGAGAGACGCUGAACAUUAAAACGUCGACCACAGUCCGCACCACCAACAUCACGUUCACCGUGGGACAGGAGUUCAAUGAGGCCACAGUGGAUGGGCGUCCCUGCACGAGUUUUCCACGUUGGGAAACUGACAACAAGAUCAGCUGUGAGCAGACUCUGAAGAAAGGAGAAGGACCGAAGACGUCUUGGACCCGAGAGAUCACCAAUGAUGGCAAACUGAUCCUGACCAUGGGAGCAGACGAUGUGAUAUGCACCAGAGUCUACGAACGACAAGGAAGUUAAAAGGAACACGAGCACUUCUCCCACUUUUUGUCCUUCCAGCCCACCCCCCUUCUCCUGCACCACUUUCAACCUGCAGUACAUCUCUUAGCUUCACUGUGUUGUUAGUUCGGUAACUGUUUCCAGUGUAUCACAUUUUGUAUCUUCACAAUGGUCUUAGCCAUCUGUCUCUACAGCUGCCUCAUAAGUAUCCAGCUGGGUUUUAAACAUGGAUGUUGCUUUGUAUGGUGGGCUUGCUGCCUGACAGCCCAUUCUUUUGUAUUAUGUGUGUGUGUAUAGUGUGAGGGUAUGUGUGUAUGUUUCAGCAGAAGAGGUGUGAAACUAUAUCUGUAGAUAUGUAAACCAAUAUAUGAGCUCUUCCAGUUUCAGGUCAGUUUUGAUGUGUCCCUUCUUUUUGUUCCUGUAGCCCCACAAAUUUAAAACCUUUUCUAUUUCACAGCGACAUUUUAUAUUUAUCACCACACUAGAAGUCUGAUACAGUACCACGAAAGUUUUUACUUUGUGUCCCUUUUAUAUGAAAUGUGAUCAUAGGAAAGUACACUUUCUAUGGGAAAACAAUAAAGCAUGACAUGAACUCAG